UUAUUGAAGUUAUAACUAAUGCAAUAUUGCAUUUCAUGCACUUGUAUUGCUUGUAAUUUCAAGGAAUCGAUUUAUAUGUGUUUUUAAUGUUACACCUUCUUUUAUGUAUGGAGUUAUAUUAGUAUCCGCAUGUAGCUUCUUAUUACCAUCCAUUAUAAAAAAAAGUACAGUUUGUAAUUUAAAACGCAGAACGUUUAUAUUUUGUUUACAUAUGAUUCUUGUUUGUACUGGUUUCAACCAGUUUUAAAAGUUUUAUAUGUGAUAUUUUACCUACUUGUCCUUUGAAUUGUUUUGUUGUUAGUUUAAAGUCUCGACCGAGAUUAUUAAGUGACUUGGUUAUUAACUGGAGUUUUACUUAAUUCUUAUGAGAAUGUAUUUGUGAGCAUCUAGAGCAUCAUCAGCGGAUAGUUAAACGUGUUUGGAAAAAAAUACAGAAAAUGGGGAAGUUUGUGAAGGCAGAGGAAAGCCCCGAGGGUAGUUCGGUGAGCUCCGAUUCUGAUGAUGACGGUGCGGAAGACGGGGGCUGGGGCUGGGCUGUCUGCUUUGGCAGUUUUCUUAUCAACUUUAUAUUAGACGGGACAAUGUUUUCAUUUGGUUUACUGUUAAUAGAAUUGUUGGACUACUUUGGUGAAGGGAAGUCAAAGACCGCGUGGAUAGGAUCAUCUCUUUUAGGGAUGAGCAUGUUUAUGGGACCAAUUGUUAGUAUGCUACUGGAACGAUACAGUUGUCGUCAGAUUACAAUAGCUGGAACAGCAUUAUCUGUGGUCGGAUUCGUCGUUAGUUCAUUUUCUCCCAAUGUGGAAAUACUCAUUAUAACGUAUGGCAUCAUCGGAGGCAUUGGAUUCUGCAUGUCUUUCAUAUCUGCCAUCAUUGUCGUUGGGACCUACUUCCAUCGGAAGCGAGCCAUUGCAACUGGUAUAGCAAUGAGUGGGAGUGGCUUAGGGACAUUUGCAUAUGCAUAUCUGACAAAUAUUUUACUAUCAAGAUAUGACUGGAGAGGGACAGUAUUGAUACUCGGAGGUAUAUUACUAAAUGGGAUUGUUUGUGGAGCUCUAUUCCGCCCUGUUACUAGACCGAAACUUCAACGCUCUAGAUCUGAAGAUUUAUCAUCGAAUAGUUCCUUUGACGUUAUAGACAUUGCAGAAAUCAAAACCCUUUUAACUAAAAAGGAACCACCAUUUAAUUAUCUACGAACAUGUAACUUGCCAUCAAGACUUUCAAUGAGCACAGAGUUGGCAUGCAUGCAGAAAGAUAGAAUAUUAGCAGAAGAAAGUCACGCAAAGACGUUUUUGAGUCAGCAUGACUUUUCAAAGGUCUUGAAACCAGUUUCAAAUCAAAUGUCAAGAACGGAUGUUUUCUACAGUGGUUCCCUAGCACGCCUUCCACAUCGAUGCAGCAGCUCUGCAAAAGUUGAACCAGAUUCAGACGAUCUGAGUAUUUCCAAUGGAAAGGCUUACACUGCAGAUAAGUCCAAGUGCGGUAGAGUCGUCGGUGCUCUGAAGAGGAACUUUGCAUUGUUUAACAACAAAAUAUUUGUCUUGCUACUCUUGACAAAUGUUGGCUGGACAGUGCAAUCUGUACCAUUGACGUACAUACCGGAUCUUGGCAUCUCUAAGGGACUGCCUAGCUCACAGGCAGCAACGUUGAUCUCUAUCGUCGGUAUAACAAACAUAUUUGGAAGAAUCAUCUCCGGAAUAAUCACCGAUAUGUUCCGAAUAAGAAGUUCUGUGACGUAUACAGCUGCGUUGUUCACAGCGUCUCUUGUAAAUUUUCUGAUGCCAUGGUGUGAAAGUUUUCUUGCAUUAGCAACGUGUGGUGCAAUAUUCGGCUUAUGCAUGGCAACCGUUGUAUCGAUGAGAACAAUUGUAUUAGCAGAUCAUCUGGGAAUUGAACAAUUGACACAAAGCUUUGGGAUGGUAGCUAUGUUCCAAGGUGUAGCAUUUCUCACAAACGCACCUUUGGCAGGUUAUCUUUAUGAGACGUUCGAUUCGUACUUGAUGCCAUUUAGCUUUGCUGGUGGUAUGUACUUUUUGUCGGGAAUAUUUUGCCUGAUCCUACUUUGCAUCGAUCAUGGCCAAAACGGAAAGGAGGAAGAAAUCAUCAUCAAGGUUGAAAAGGUGCCAGAAGACUAAGAGUCAGAACGUUUCAUCAUAAGUGCAAUAAUAUAUGCUGACUGCACCAAAACGUGUGCAUGCUGGCUAUAACUGACAAGCGGUAUGAUGAUCGCGAGAAGCGUCGUCAUCAACGCCAAUACUAAGGUGACUUCUGUGAAAUCCGCAGAUAGUCGUAAGAAACGGUCCCUGUUCCUGGGACAGAAACUAUAAACAGUGAAAGUAUGAUCGAAGGUGCUGAGGUUAAGCUUCAUGUGGGUUUAAUGGACUUACAAUAUAAAACGGUUUUCUUUGAAAUUGACAUGAAGUUGCCAAGUCAGACCAGGAGUGAGGAAUGACAAUGCGAAAUUAUAUUCUUGUGUUGAAUAUAUUAUGUACAAUAAAGAUAAAUACAUGCAAAAGGGUACAUUAUAGAUAUAUCUUGUUGCAAUAUUUAAUGCUUGAAAGCACAGUACGACGUUUUUAUAACCACUUUGUUACCGGUAUGUUUUUUUAUUUAGUACAUCUGUAUAUGUAAUGUAUGCGAAUUGAACUUGCUUUGUUUUGUUUUGUGGUAUUACAUCUAAAGCGAAAAAAUGUACAUAUUUCAACAUGUCAUGUAUUUUAGAAUUUAUAGCAUGUACAAAACCAGAUAAUUUCCUAUCAUUAUAAAGUGAAAAUAAUCUUGAUUUCUGUGAAAUGAAAACUCUGUUUAUAAAUAUUUUUCUUAC